GGAAUGCAUUCCCAUACUGGCCACUUUUUAUGUGAGCACUUAUAGUUUAUUAGCUUUGAUCUUUUGUUAUCAGCCUAAGUCUAGCUUUCUAUAUAUGGUUACUAGCACAAGAGAUCAGACCAAUUAAUGGAAGACAGUGGAUACCAAGCGAAUGCUGGGGACCGAUGUGAGAUGGUGACAAGUCCACACGAUGAAUCACCAAUUACUCUAGUGACAGACGAGUUCAGGAAAAGAGUGCAACGGCGGAACGAUGGUGACAACACAUCAUCAACUGUGAGGGGGAAUGAUCACUUUGAUAGACCAAGGAGUGGAAGUGUUACUUACUCUACUGCCAUUACUAAAACUCCAGAGCUACAGCAGCUGUCAGCAGCCUCAGUCGGAGUUGAGCAGGAAGCUGGGAAUACCAGGCCUUCAAUGUUGAGUAAGAGACCACGUCGAACAAAAUCUGCACCAAGAAAAAAAUCUGGAGUCAUCAACGUUGAAGCCAACGCCAAUGCAGUUACAGUUAAUGCUCCACGAAGAUCUACAUCAGAGGAGACACUUGACAGUGAUAAAACUGAAAGACCAAUAAUUGUCCAGCCAACAGAUAUAAGUCCUAUAACUUCAGCUUCACGUAGACCCCCCACCCCUUCUGUCAAACCAAAGAAAAGAAAUGUAGUGAAAACAAGUGAUCAAAGAGUAGUGGAGCCUCAAUUAGAUGCUCAGGCAUCCCUUACUGACACAGAAUGUGUUCAUGAUGAAGGACAGAUAACCAUUCAGGGACAGGACAAUUCUAGAAAAGUCAAAGGUGAAGGUGUGCAGGCUGUCCAGGUCAGUUCUAUAACUGAGACCACACUCCUACAAAAUACAGAUGAAAGUGCUUUUCGUUCAGCUACAUGCAAACCAUUCCUCAAACACAAAUCCAGCAAGAGGUUUAGUUCUGUAUGUGUGUCUGACAAUAAAAUGGAGAACAACGAAACAGAGAAGCGGCCUAAAUCAAUGAUGCUCUAUGGUACUGAAGAGGUGGAGCGUCAACGGUCGUAUGAGCUAGAGUCUUCGGAAAACAAAUCAAAAACACAAAUGCAUGAAAAUGUUUUCCUACUUCAGAAACCAAAAGCCGUGAGCAUGCAAGCAGAACGAGCUGAUAUUCUAAAACAACAAGAAACAUUGUAUGGUUAUAAAGCUACUAAGGAAUUGAUCAGUGACGCUGGAAAUGACGGGUGCCCUAGGCCUACAACAGAACUACCACGUUGUCACAGUGAUGUAGCUGUCAAAAAAUCCACACUUGCAGUUCAGUAUACUGAGUCAGAACAAUUCCGGCAGAUAGAAGCUGCACAUAAACAUGAACUUGAAGAAAUGGAAAAGGUGUACAAGAAAAAAAGAAAACACCUCGAAGGCAAGUACACGAAGAUGGUAGAUAACUUUAAAGCACAAAAUCAAGAUAAAAUAUAUGAUUUGAGGCGAAAUUACCAGAACAAGCACGAUGAACAGCGGAAACAACUGACAGAGAAGUUCAAUAAAGCAUUAGCUGUCCAAUCAGCUGAAGCACAGGCCGAGAGGGCACGUCUGCUCACAUCAGCCGAUCAGGCCCGCUUGGAUCAUCAGAAACAACUAGAGGUGCUACAGCAGGAAAAUGAUGGUUUGAAUCGCAAAGUCAAGCAGUGUGAACUUGACAAACAGGCAAUCGAUAACCAAAGAUGUACCACCACAAACCAACAGUUAGAGACCACGUCUAACUACAAGGAUGAGUUGGCUCCCUAUAUCUUAACUUGGCUCCCUGAGCUUGGUGAGCAACACGACUCUGGGUCGUAUGGAUCUGUCUAUCGUAUUCAACUGUAUGGAAUUUGUUGUAUUGCUAAACGAAUUCAUGACAUCUUGCUUGGUCAAGGGAAAGAAAAAGGAGUGAACUUAGAGGAUAAACGAGCAGCUUACUGCAAGUUUUAUCACGAGUGUGUGUUUCUGAGUCGAAUGCGUCACCCCAACAUUGUCCAGUUCAUGGGUGUGCACUACGGGCCACAGAGAGAUUACGGGAGAGAGCUCACACUAGUUAUGGAGCGUCUGUACAUCAAUUUGUACGACUGCUUACAUCGCUAUCCCAACAUUGCAAUGUGGCAAAAGGUGUCGAUUCUUCUAGACAUCUCCCAAGGUUUGCUCCACCUUCAUUCUCGAGGUAUUGUUCACCGCGAUCUGACAGCUCCCAACAUUCUCCUCACAACGAGCUUUCAUGCUAAGAUUGCUGACCUUGGUGUCUCAAAAAUUAUCCAAGUUCGUGGUACUAAGCAAACCAUGGCUCCUGGUAAUCCUGACUAUAUGCCCCCUGAGGCACUAACCGAAAUGCCUGUGUACGACUAUGCUCUUGAUAUAUUCUCGUUUGGCGUUAUCAUGCUCUUCGUGUUGAAUCAAAAAUACCCAAAGCCAUAUGAGGUUUCUCUUACUGUCACUGGCGUUCAACGAAAAGAAAUUCAGAUACAGAAACGAAUGAAAUGGAUUGGCAAACUAUCUCCAGAAAAUCCAAUGAGACAACUAAUCUGCCGUUGUCUUCAGGACGAACCUCAAAAGCGACCAUUAUCUCAAGAGCUCAACUCAACUCUGAUUCAUUUUGCACAGCAGUUCCCAAAGCCGUUCGUAGAUACUAUUGAAAUGCAAAGAACAUUGAAACUACCCACGACUCUACCUGCGUAACACCAAUUAAGGUUGCUACAUUUUUUGAUCAAAUAAUUCACGUAAUUUCAUAUUUUAUUUCGUGUGCUUUAUUGAGUUAUUACACUGCAUUCACAUUGGUGUAUUGUAAUUCACUUGCCUUGUACUACAAUUAGCUAUAGAGUGCGUAACUAUUCAUUAUCGUACUAUAAUGUGUAUAACUAUAUACACAUAAUAAUUAUUAUUAUACCAAAUAGAAAUAAUUUAUUAA